AUGAAGCUUUCUCCUUUGAUGGCCCUGGCCGGCCUGGCGUCGGCCCAGCUGGCCCUCGCCCUCCCCCAGGCCACCCCGUCCGCCUCGGCGACGCCCUCGCCCACCCCCGGCGACGGCUCCUUCGCCAGCACCAACGGCCUCCAGUUCGUCAUCGACGGCGAGACCGGCUACUUCGCCGGCUCCAACUCCUACUGGAUCGGCUUCCUGACCAACAACGCCGACGUGGACCUGGUGUUCACGCACAUGAAGGAGGCCGGCCUGCGCAUCCUGCGCGUCUGGGGCUUCAACGACGUCAACGAGAAGCCCGCCGACGGCACCGUCUGGUUCCAGAUGCACGCCGACGGCCAGUCAACCAUCAACACCGGCGCCGACGGGCUGCAGCGCCUCGACUACGUGGUGCAGUCGGCCGAGAAGCACGGCAUCAAGCUCAUCGUCAACUUUGUCAACUACUGGGACGACUACGGCGGCAUGAACGCCUACGUCCAGGCCUACGGCGGCUCCGACAACACCGACUUUUACGCCAGCAAGGACAUGCAGGCCGCCUACCGCGCGUACAUCAAGGCCGUCGUCUCGCGGUAUCUCGACUCGCCCGCCAUCUUCGCGUGGGAGCUCGCCAAUGAGCCGCGCUGCCAGGGCUGCGCGCCCAGCGUGCUGCACGACUGGAUCGACAGCACCAGCCAGUACAUCAAGUCGCUAGAUUCGAAGCAUAUGACCUGUAUAGGAGAUGAGGGCUUUGGCCUGGACAUCGGCUCCGACGGCAGCUACCCCUACGGCUACAGCGAAGGCGGCAACUUCACCAUGUCGCUCGCCCUGCCCACCAUCGACUUUGGGACCUUCCACCUGUACCCGAGCAGCUGGGGCACCAACAACGACUGGGGCAACGGCUGGGUCGCCUCGCACGGCGCUGCGUGCAAGGCUGCGGGCAAGCCGUGUCUUUUUGAGGAAUAUGGCGUCACGUCCGACCACUGCGCGGUCGAGAAGCCGUGGCAGAUGACUGCGUUGAAUACGACGGGCAUCGCGGCGGAUCUGUACUGGCAGUAUGGCGACCAGCUGAGCUCGGGACAGUCGCCAAAUGAUGGAAACACCAUUUACUAUGGGACUGAUGAGUUUACUUGUCUGGUUACGGAUCAUAUUGCGUCUAUUGGUAGUCGUGCGACUCGGAAGUAG